AUGGCUUCCUCCAGCAGUCUCCUGUCUGAAGAUCAGUUCCUGUGUUCUGUCUGUCUGGAUGUGUUCACUGACCCUGUCUCCACUCCAUGUGGUCACAACUUCUGCAUGACCUGUCUCAAAGAAUUCUGGGACAGCACUCAACACUGCCACUGUCCACUCUGUAAGAGGCAAUUUAGAACUAGACCUCAGCUCAGUAUUAAUACAACAUUUAGAGAAAUUGUAGACCAGUUUAAAAAGAGGGGAGAUCCAGUCAAACCUGGAGAAGUGUCCUGUGAUGUCUGUACUAGUGGAAAAUUGAAGGCUGUGAAGUCCUGUCUGGACUGUGGGUUGACUUAUUGUCAGACUCACCUGGAGCCUCACAAAAUUGCAGCAAAACUAAAAAAACACAAACUGAUAAAUCCUGUGGAGAACCUGGAGGACUAUAUAUGCCAGAAACAUGACAGACCCCUGGAGCUGUUCUGUAGAGAUGACCAGACAUGUGUGUGUCAGUUCUGUACAGAAACAGACCACAGGACUCACAGCACUGUUCCUCUAGAGGAGGAGAGUGAGGAGAGAAAGUCACAGCUGAGGAGAACACACACAGAGGUUCAGCAGAUGAUCCAGGACAAACUGAAAAAGAUUAAAGAGAUCAGACACUCGGUACAGCUCAGCAAUAAAAGCACACAGACGGAUGUAGCAGACAGUGUGGAGGUGUUGACUACUCUGGUGCAGUUUACUGAGAAAGGUCUGGCUGAGCUGAUUGAGCUGAUGGAGCAGAAACAGAGAGCGGCAGAGAGGCAGGCUGAAGGUCUCAUUAAAGAGCUGGAGCAGGAGAUCACUGAGCUGAAGAGGAGAGAUGCUGAACUGGAGCAGCUCUCCCACUCUGAAGAUCACCUCCACCUCCUACAGGUUCAUCCAAGACUGCUACAUCCUCCAGUGACCAAGCAUUCCAGAGAUGUCAGUAUUAACUCUUGUCUGUGUGUGAGCACUCUGAGAAAAGUUCUGACCCAGCUCUUGGAGAGCACAGAAGCUCAACUUCAGAAACUGGCUGAAACUGAGCUAAAGAAAAUGAAACAAUAUGCAGUCAAUGUGACUCUGGAUCCCGAUACAGCCCAUCCUGAGCUCAUCCUGUCUGAUGAUGGAAAACAAGUCAGACAUGGAGACACAGAACAGAAUCUCCCUGACAACCCAGAGAGGUUUGAUAGUUUCAUCUUUGUCCUAGGAAAAGAGGGAUUCUCCUCAGGGAGAUUUUACUAUGAGGUGGGGGUCAGGGAGAAGACUGAAUGGGACAUAGGAGUGGCCAGAGGGUCCAUUAACAGGAAGGGAGAAAUUACUCUGAGCCCUGAGGAUGGAUACUGGAGUAUAUGUCUGAGGAAUGGGGAUGAGUAUUGGGCCUGUGAAUCUCCCCCUGUUUCCCUCUCUCUGAGACAGAAGCCCCAGAAGGUGGGGGUGUUUGUGGAUUAUGAGGAGGGUCUGGUCUCCUUUUAUGACGUGAAGGCCAGGGCUCAUAUCUACUCUUUCACUGGUCAUUCUUUCACUGAGAAACUCUAUCCAUUCCUAAGCCCCUCGCUUAAUGAAGAUGGCACUAAUUCAGCUUCACUGGUCGUAUCUCCUGUCAAAUACAUUAAAAAGCUCCCAAGAUUUUCCCUCCCAGCAUUUUACUUUCCAAGGGGAGAAAUCUAA